UUAAUGAAGAAUGUUUGCCUUUUCUGGAUUCUUCGUUCAACGUGGUGGUCUGAGAGAAAAACAAAAUUUUCUUGACAAGUUCAAGAAGAGGAAGAAAAGAGGGAAGGAAAGACAGAGAGGUAGGGGCGAGAAGAUUUUAGUUAACAUACAACAGGAAUUAAGAAACACAACUCCUGAGACCGACCAACUGUGGAGACACACCGAGCAGAGGAAACUGAAAUAACCAGCUGGUGUUUAAUAAUCUGACGGAGAAACUCAGAGUCCGACACCGACAUAAUGAAGAGCUUUCUCCUACUCCUCCUCUCACUGAUGACAGGUUGUGAGGCCUCAUCUGAAGUGAAAGCGUGUCCAGAAGGAUGGGUUGAAUUCUUUUUCAAAUAUCCUGAAACAGAUAAAAGAAAUCAAAGUGUUGACAUACUGAGGGUGGCCACUCAACAACUUGAACAUGAGGACUUUAGGGAGUGCAAGUGUAAAUUUGACCAAGAUUGUGACUCAUCCGAUGACAAUGACGACGACGACGACGACGACGACGACGGUAAAGUCAAAUUUCACCCUGUUGACGACUGCCAGAAGCCAUUUACCCACACUGCGUACAGAACAGCUAAAACCACCAUCACAUGUGAUGUCCCACGAAAGAAAGACAAAGCCAUAGUCAAGUUUUUCUGCAUAGAGAGCGGUUCCAUCUGCGAGGUUGUUUUAUCAACAAGAUCGUCUCUGCGGUCAAACGGGACAUUCACUCUCACAGAAACCAACAGUGGCUUCAACAUAUCCAUCACUAAUGUGUCCUCACAGCAUGCUGGUGUCUACUGGUGUGGAGUGGAAUCAAAUGAAAGAAGGUACCGAGCUGCACUCAAAAAAAUACAACUUCAGGUAGAAGAUAUUACUAACUCGACAAGAUCUCUAACUACUGGACAGACUUUUAUAUACCAAUGUGUGUAUCCAAAUGGUGCGCCUAUUAAGAAAAUCCUCUGUAAAGGAGAAGAUCCAUCUAUAUGUGAACCUCUAGUGAACUCCAUACAGCGGGGCAAAAACACUGAGAGGUUUUCCAUACAGGACAACAAAAAUGAAGAAAUCACCAUAACUAUGAGACAAUUAACAACAGAAGACUCUGGAACAUACUGGUGUGGAGCACAGAACACUGACAAAUCCAAAAGCAACCCAUUCUUCCACAAACUUGUGAUGACAGUCGGUGAAUGUUCACAUUAUUUAUGGUUUGGAGCAGGUGGCUCUUGGUUAAGUGUCAUCAUUCCUGUAGUCGUCUGUGUAGCUCUGCUCAUGCUUAUUUUGGUCUUCGUCUACAAACGAUUUCAGCGUAUAAAAAACACAAGAAAGGCAGAGGCACAGAACAACAAGGAUCCUGCCUAUGAGGAGAUACAGGAGCACCCCCAGAUGCCAGGCUCAGGAACUGCACUUAAAUCAAUUUAUGUCACUGCUAACGCUCCCACAAACCCCUCUGCUUCACAGUAUUACUCCACCAUCAACUUUAACAGCAGCUCUGGUGAAGUCAGUGGUGACACAUAUUCCACUGUGAGGGACAACCAACAAUUUCCCACCUACUCGACUGUCAAUUACCCAUCCAUACUUCCUGAAGACUCUUUCUAUUCUACUGUCAACAACCCACAGCAGCACUGACACAAGUACUUUCAUUUUCUUAAGGAGUCACUAUAUUGAUCCCUUUUGUUUGAUUCAGGGUCACAGAAAUGUUUAUACAGACAUUUAAGGACUUUCAAGUACUUUUUCAAGCACUUUUUUCAUUUUCAAGGACUCAAUACAAAUAUUUGAUUUUUAAAUUUUCAUUAAAUUGUCAUCACA